AGCAAUUACAAGAAUAAUGAAAUAAAAAAGGUGUGCUAUUGGAUCCAGAUCUUCUGCUUUUCUUCUAUAAACAAAACAUGGGGUUCCACCCUCUACAAUCCCAAAACAGAUCAACAGUUCUCAUCUCUCAACAAUGUCUGCAACUCUAAGUAAUCUCUUUCUUUCUUCUAAUAUCUUCUCUUUCACCUUCUUUCUUUCACUAAACUCGCUUUUCCUUUUCCAUUCUUGUUUCUCCAUUGAUGAACAAGCCCAAGCUCUCUUAACAUGGAAAAGCACUUUAAACACCUCAACAGAUGCUCUUAUUUCAUGGAAUCCUUCAAACCCAAAUCUAUGCAAAUGGGUUGGUGUCAUUUGCAAUUCCAAUGGCAUGGUUACAGAGAUAAGCUUAAAAGGAGUGGAUUUACAAGGUCCAUUUCCUUCAAAUUUUCACUCACUUAAAUUCUUGAAAACUCUUAUCCUUUCUUCAACAAAUCUUACAGGAAACAUUCCAAAACAGUUAGGUGAUUAUCUUGAGCUUAGUUUGAUUGAUCUUAGUGACAAUUCUCUAUCUGGUGAAAUUCCAGUAGAAAUAUGCAAGUUGAAAAAUUUGCAUACUUUAUCUCUCAAUACUAAUUUUCUUGAAGGUAAAAUUCCUUCUGAUAUUGGGAACCUUUCAAGUCUUGUCUAUUUAACUCUUUUUGAUAAUCAACUUUCUGGAAAAAUACCGAGUAGCAUUGGAGCAUUGACCAAACUACAAGUUUUUAGAGCAGGUGGAAAUAAAAAUCUUAAAGGAGAAUUGCCUAUGGAGAUAGGCAACUGCAGCAACUUGGUCGUACUAGGCCUCGCGGAGACGAGCAUUUCUGGGAGUUUACCAUCAUCAAUAGGAAAGCUUAAAAAAAUCCAAACUAUUGCUCUUUAUACAACUCUUUUAUCAGGUUCUAUACCAGAAGAGAUUGGAAACUGCAGUGAGCUACAAAACUUGUACUUAUACCAGAAUUCUUUAUCAGGUUCAAUCCCAAGCCGGAUAGAGGAACUCACUAAGCUGCAGAGUCUGCUUUUAUGGCAGAACAGCUUAGUAGGUUCAAUUCCAGAAGAGAUUGGAAGCUGCAGAGAGCUUACUGUCAUUGAUUUAUCAGAAAAUCUUUUGACAGGAAAAAUACCCAGCAGUAUUAAAAACCUGCUCAAGCUUCAGGAGCUUCAGUUAAGUGUAAAUCAGUUAACAGGUGUUAUUCCUGUUGAAAUCACUAAUUGUAUAGCUCUUACUCAUCUUGAAGUAGACAAUAAUUUCAUUUCAGCUGAGAUUCCUGUUGAUAUUGGCAAGUUAAAUAGCUUGACUUUAUUCUAUGCUUGGCAGAACAAUUUAACAGGAAAUAUUCCCGAGUCAUUAUCAGAGUGCCAGAAUCUUCAAGCUCUUGAUCUUUCAUAUAACAAUCUUUUUGGUUCAAUUCCGAAGCAGAUUUUUGCUCUGCAGAAUCUUACAAAGUUACUUUUACUUUCUAAUGAUUUAUCUGGCUUCAUUCCUCCUGAUAUAGGGAAUUGUACCAACCUUUAUAGGUUAAGGCUAAAUAGAAAUAGAUUUUCAGGUACUAUUCCAUCAGAGAUAGGGAAGUUGAAGAGCUUGAAUUUCAUUGACUUGAGCAUCAAUCAUCUUGUUGGAGGGAUCCCUGUAUCUAUAUCAGGAUGUGAAAAUCUUGAGUUUCUUGAUCUUCAUUCAAAUGGGAUAAGUGGUUUUUUACCGGAUUCUCUGCCUAAAAGCCUACAGUUUCUUGAUGUUUCUGAUAAUAGGCUUACAGGUCCAUUGACUCAUAGAAUUGGGUUAUUGACUGAUCUGACCAAGCUUAUUUUAGCAAAGAAUCAACUUUCUGGAACAAUUCCAGAAGAGAUUUUAUCUUGCAGUAAGAUUCAAUUGCUUAAUCUUGCAGAUAAUGCUUUAUCUGGUGAAAUUCCUAAAGAGCUCGGUCAAAUUCCAGCACUUGAAAUCUCUCUCAAUCUUAGCUGCAACCAAAUUUCCGGUCAAAUCCCAUCUGAAUUCUCUGGUCUUUCUAAACUAGGAGUUCUUGACCUUUCUCACAACAGGCUACAAGGGAAUUUAAAUGUUCUUACAAAUCUACAAAACCUUGUUUCUCUUAAUGUCUCUUUCAAUGACUUCUCUGGUGAAUUACCGAACACUCCCUUUUUUCGAAAGCUUCCACUUAGUGACCUUGCUUCAAACCCAGGUCUUCUGAUUUCUGGAGGUCUAGUAUCAUCUACAGAUAGUAUGGGGACUGCAGCACGGACCAAGUCAGCAAUGAAGCUAAUGAUGUCUGUUUUCUUAAGUGCAAGUGCUGUAUUAGUACUACUAGCAAUCUACAUGCUUGUUCGCACCAGAAUUGCUAAUGCUAAUGCUUUGAUGGAAGAUGGAAACUGGGAAAUGACUUUGUAUCAGAAAUUAGAUUUCUCAAUUGAUGAAAUUGUACGAAAUCUCACAACAACCAAUGUAAUCGGCACAGGAAGCUCAGGAGUAGUAUACAAGGUCACAAUUCCUAAUGGAGAGUCUUUGGCAGUAAAAAAAAUGUGGUCAAAAGAAGAAUCUGGUGCAUUCAGUUCUGAGAUUCAAACACUUGGUUCAAUCAGACACAAAAACAUUGUUAGAUUAUUAGGGUGGGCUUCGAAUUGGAAUCUGAAGCUUCUUUUCUAUGAUUAUCUCCCAAAUGGAAGCUUAAGCUCACUUCUUCAUGGUGCUGGUAAAGGAGGAGCAGAAUGGGAAACUAGAUAUGAUAUUGUGUUAGGAGUUGCAUAUGCACUUGCAUACUUACAUCAUGAUUGUUUACCUGCUAUUCUACAUGGGGAUGUGAAAGCCAUGAAUGUUCUGUUAGGAUCAGGUUAUGAACCUUAUUUAGCUGAUUUUGGGUUAGCAAGAGUUGUCAGCAGUACUUCUGAUGAUGAUUUAGCUAAACCAAGUCAGAGACCUCACCUUGCUGGUUCUUAUGGAUAUAUGGCUCCAGAGCAUGCAUCGAUGCAGAGAAUAACAGAGAAAAGUGACGUGUACAGUUAUGGUGUGGUGCUUUUAGAGGUUUUAACAGGAAGACACCCAUUAGACCCAACGUUGCCCGGUGGUGCACCCUUGGUUCAGUGGGUUAGGGACCACUUAGCACGCAAGAAAGACCCAGUUGACAUUCUUGACCACAAGCUUAGGGGAAGGGCUGACCCUACAAUGCAUGAAAUGCUUCAAACUAUAGCUGUUUCAUUUCUUUGUAUCAGCCCCAAACCUAAUGAUCGCCCAACAAUGAAAGAUGUGGCUGCUAUGCUAAAGGAAAUUCGCCACGUGGAUCCAAUGAGGCCGGAAUCUGACGUGUCAAAGGGUGGUUUAACUACAGUCCGAUCGCCGUCACCGCCAUCACCAACACCAGCCCCUCCUGCCAGGAUUGUAGUUUCACAGGGAUCAUCUAAUUGCUCUUUUUCUUUCUCUGAUGAUGAGUCGGUGUAUCAUGGGUAAUUUGUACAUUUUUCAUUGGAAAAUUCACUUGAAUGGGCAUUCACUUGAAUGGGGCAGAUAAAUAGAGUAGUAAUUGUAAUUUUUACCAUAUUUUGUAUUGUAGAUUGUAAUAACUAAUUUUAGAGUAAAAUCAGUUUACUGAUGCACAGUAUUAGCAAA